CAGACCUGAAAUAACGCACCUACAUCAGCAUUUCCAACGCCACCUGCACCAGAUUUUGCUCAAAAAAUGAGUGCGGUAGAUGUUCAGACGCCGAAAAGUUCCCGAGACCUUGUCAAACUCAAGCGGUCACUUAUGGCUGUUGAUCCAGCAUUUGAAAAGGCAAGACCUCAAAAACGACGUAGAGUUAUUCCUGAUCCGAACAAGGACUUCGUUGAGUUGCAUGAGGUCCAGACAGAGAAGGCAAGGUUGGCUGCAGAGGGUGGUGGAGAAAGCGAUAUUCAUUCGGACCUGGAAGGUUCAACAUUGAGCGAUUCGGGGUCAGAAAAAUCUAGCGAAGCAGAGGAUUGUAUUGAGGUGAGAAAUCCUGACUUUGAAAGCACGUAGAUUAAUACCGGGUUGGCAAUUCUUGUAUUUACUAGGACCGUAGGAAGAAUGAGAUGCGAUUUUUGGAGUGGCGUGUUGUGGGGGUGGUGCGUUGUUGGGUGAGUUGACUUAAGCUAAAGCUAUAAAAGCUAAAUCUGUUAACUCUACGACCCCGUUUUAG